AUGGCCUUCCGUUACCUCAUCCCUCUGUGCGCCCUCCUGGCCUGUGCCAACGCCGGUCUCCUGGCCAGCCAUGUGGCCAUUGCCAAUCCCUCGGUGGAUGCCGUUGCCUCCACCCAACAUGAUGUGGUGAGGUCCUUUGCCGGCACCGUUUCCAGCUACUCCAAGGCGGUGGAUACCCCGUACUCGAGUGUGCGAAAGAGUGAUACCAGGAUCCAGAACAAUGUCUAUACUCCGGCCAUUGCCAAGACCACGUAUGCGGCUCCACUGUACACUCAGGCCACUCCCAUCGUGGCCAAGACUUUGGUCCAUGCUCCGGCUCCAGUUGUUGAGAAGGCUGUCUAUGCUGCUCCUGCUCCAGUUUAUGCUGCUCACGCUCCCGUGGUGGCCAAGACUGUGUACUCCGCUCCUGCUCCGGUUCUGGCCAAGACUGUGUAUGCUGCUCCCGCUCCCGUGGUGACCAAGGCUGUCUAUGCUGCUCCUGCUCCUGUUCUGGCCAAGACUGUGUACUCUGCACCUGCUCCAGUUUACGCUGCUCCUGCUCCAGUUCUGGCCAAGACCGUGUACUCUGCUCCCGCUCCUGUGGUGACCAAGGCUGUGUACUCCGCUCCUGCUCCAGUUUAUGCUGCUCCUGCUCCAGUUCUGGCCAAGACGGUGUCUUACGCCGCUCCCCUGGCCACCACCAAUGUGAACCAUGGCCCGGCUGCCACCACCUACACCCACAACGCCCCCGCCUUGGGUGUGUCCAGCUAUGGUAGCUCCCAGACGGUCCACUACUCGCCCGCCGAGAGCGUGUCGCACAUGAGCUUCGACGGAUUCGGAACCCACUGGGGUUUCUAA